AUGAUCAGGUGACCAUGUGCGGAAGUGCUCUCAGUGAGAGAUUCUGCGGGUUACUAGAGACGCUUCUCUAUCCGCAGCGUUAAUGACUUCAGCUUUAUAAACCACUGACAGGUUCAUCCGGACGGGCCGUGAUACGCGUCGUGCGCUUCUGAUAAAGGAAUCACAUCUACAAUGUCAUUUAUAUUUGACUGGAUCUACAGAGGCUUUAGCGGAAUCCUGCAGUUUUUAGGUUUGUAUAAGAAGUCUGGUAAGCUGGUGUUUCUUGGUUUAGACAACGCUGGAAAAACGACUCUACUGCACAUGCUGAAAGAUGAUCGAUUAGGACAACAUGUGCCUACUUUACAUCCCACAUCAGAGGAGUUGACCAUUGCUGGAAUGACCUUCACUACAUUUGAUCUGGGUGGUCAUGUACAAGCACGGAGGGUGUGGAAGAACUAUCUACCUGCCGUCAACGGCAUCGUCUUUCUCGUUGAUUGUGCCGAUCACGAGCGCCUCGCAGAAUCAAAGGUUGAGCUUGACGCUUUACUCUCAGAUGAGACCAUCUCAAGUGUGCCGGUCCUGGUGUUGGGAAACAAGAUCGACCGGCCAGAAGCUGUGAGUGAGACGAGUCUACGAGAGAUUUUCUGUCUGGAUGGACAAACCACAGGGAAGGGUAACGUCUCUUUGAAGGAGUUGAACGUACGGCCGUUGGAGGUCUUCAUGUGCAGCGUGCUGAAGAAACAGGGUUAUGGAGAAGGUUUCAGAUGGCUUUCACAGUAUAUUGACUGAGAUCUGAGACAUCUGCCCUGAUUUCAUUUCUGCUCUUGGUAAUUAGCAGUAUAAAGCAAUUAGUUGAUUUUACCCAUAAGUCAGUUCUUCUGUUAAAGGAGUAGUCCACUUUAUAGAUGGGGCCCAUUGACUUACCAUAGUAUUUUUUUUCCUACUAUAAAAAGUCAAUGGACCCCAUCUUUAAAGUGGACUACUCCUUUAACACUUUCUUGCAUAUGCGGAUGGAAAUUUUACAUUUAAUAUACUAAAAUGAUCUCCUAUAAAGUUAAUUAAAGUCAUUUUACUUUGACCAGUGGCAUUUAAAAGUGCAUGCUUGUAAGGAGAUGACAUAAUUUGACAGGUUAUUUUUAAAUGCUUAAAAUAUAAUCCAUAGUUAAAUAUCAUUACUUCAGCAAUGUAGUACCAUUAUUAAUCUUCUUCCUUUAAGAAUGAUGAAGUUUUUUAUUAUAUUAUCUGACAAACUCAGUGUUUUAAAAUCCGAUCCUAACAUGCUGAGAGAUAGUCGGUGUGUGUUGUAAUUUACUUUGUACAAUAUCAGUUCUCAGUUGUAGAUAAUGUUCAUAUGAUCAGAUGUUUAGUGAUUGUCAUCAUCAUAAAGCGGCAGAUGAGAUGUUUUUCUGCUGUAGAUGUUUUUGAUGAUCAGACGAGAGUCUGAUGAGAGAUCACCUACAGCACACACAUGCGUUCAUGUCAUUGUAAUAUACAACAGAUUUUUCCAGAUGUGUAAAUAUUGUGUACAAAUGAAGUAUAAAUGUGUUGUAUUGUUUAUAGCCUUGAAUUAAAUGUACAGGUAUCUGCCAUGUGAAAACAUCUAUAAAGAUUUUGAGGAAUGUGCACA